AUGGGAGGUUCAUCAUCAAAGAACAAGGCAGAAAAUACUGCAAAGCCGAAAGAUAAUAAAACUCCUUCCAAUACUCCUGCUAACCCUCCUGUUGCUAAGCGUCCUAAAAAAGAAAAAGUUGCCCAACAAGAAGAAAAAGAAGAAAAAGAAAAAGAAGAUGUGGAAUUCAAGAAGCGUCUGGAACGUUUUUACGGGUACUACAAUCCUACGAAGGUGAGUACAGUGCCAACCAUUCUCUCCAAGUGGACGAAAAGUAAAGAAGAACUCAUUGAGGAGUUGGUGAAACGUUAUGGACCUGAGCCACUUGAUAGUAAUGAUCCUGCAGCAAUAACACCAUGUGAUCAUCAUACCUCUGCUGAAAGGAGUGGUUUAAAUGAAAAAUCUCCUGAGGAAAUAAAUCCAACAAUAGAGGCUGUAAACACUGAAACUACUAUUCCUUCUUCUUCUUCUGCUGCUGCUGCUGCUGUAUAUGAAAAUGAGAAUAAUACUAUCAAUACAACUGCAGAGAAUGUGAGGCUGCAUUCCUUCAGACGACGGUUAAGUGGUUUUCUUGGAGUUCGUGCCCCGCAUCAACUACACACACUGGAAGAGUGUCUGCAGAAGUAUGUAGGGAAGGAAGAGGAACUUUUUGACUUUUUGCGGGAGGCCUACGGUGUGGAUCCAAGCGAAGAUGAGAUAUGGGCCUAUUUUAUUCGCCGGCUUGAGGGUUUAUACAAUUCUUAUGCCCCAGAGAAGGUGUCUUCUGCGGAGAGUGAACUCGCUGAUCACUACGGUGAGGAAGAUGAGUUUCUGCAGUUGAUAGCCAACACACUUGGGCCAGAUCCUAUGCUCGAGUUGCCCGCACACAACACAAACUCUCAACUCUUUGAAUACAACAAUGCGGAAGUAUCCGAACAACAAAAACAACAAGAAGAAAAAGAGGAAAAGAAACAAUAUGAGAUUAAAGAGGGGAAGGAUGAAUCGGGAAUAGAUGUCCAGCAUCCAUUGCCAUUACAGGAUGAAGUGAAGAGUAACUCUGUACAAGACACUGUUAAUCGCGAUGGUGAGAAUUCCACAGUUAAUGCAGAGUGUCUGGUCCAUCAUGAGAAAGAAGAGGAAGAAGAAGAAAAAGAGAAAAAAGGAAAUGUUACAGAAGAAGUAACUAAUAUGGCCUAUGAAGUGCCGUUAAAUUCUUUUUUGGAAUCAUCAAAUUCAGCAAAAGAUGAAGCUGAAAAGUAUCGUCGUAUUGUAGAAGAUCAGCAGAAGGAAUUAGCAGAACUAAAUGAAGAAGUUCAACGACUUCGAAAUCUAUUGAAAGAAGCAGUCGUGGAUGUAUUAGAUCCCUCUCAGCAUUUGUCUACAGAAAGGGGACAAAGUUAUUCUGACCCAUCUUUUUCUAUAUAUAAAUCACCCAAUCAAGUGGAACACGAUCUACAGAAAAAGAAGAAUAAGAAUAAGAAUAAGAGGAUGAACUUUAUUAUGUUGCCAGAAAAACAGUCCUCACAGCUUGUAUUUUCUAUUCCCCGUACACAGAGUAAGAAUACUAUGGAUAAUCUGUUACCACCUCCACCAUUAUCUCAGGAUUUACGUGAGGUUUCUCCAAUAAUAAAGAGACCUUCCAUGUUAAAAGAAGUCUCAUUAUUUGUUUCACGUCGGUCUUUAUUGUCUCCAUCAGUCUCCUCAACGAAGCGGGUGAGAACACUUGCUGAAAUGCGUUUGGAAUAUGAACAAGAGUUGGAGGCCAUUCGCGCAGCAGAGAGAUUAUUAGACCCUUACAAUAUGUCUCAUUUUGGAAUUACAUCUCCAGUAGGAACUAGAGUAUAG